AUGUGUAUCGCAGAUGAGGUUUCUGCAAUGUACAAGUGGCUAAAACUCGCAGUCAGGAACUACCAGGGCCAGCAGUAUCCAGCCAUGCUCGAGGGUCCAAUGCGGCAAGGUUGCUUGCUUGCCGCAAUGGUCCUCGGUCUGCUGGUUGUCCUUGUAAGUUUGCACCGGGCGAAGGAGCAGGCUCUUCUUAGCUCUCCUCUCCCUGCCUCGGUGAUGGGCACAGACCUAACUGGAAUGUAUGCUCACUCAGCGCCGCUCGUGACCUUUGUGCCGGUACCAGAGGAAUCGAGGUUUGUUCCUUACAGAGGAAGUGUAUCCUUUGAAGCUCCGGCUUCUGUCCUUGAGUACCCCCCGCGCCAGGCAGUCAGGGACCCGCAAUCCUUUUUUGCCGAGCAGCGACGAUCAGAAAUUAGGAGGAUAAUGCAAGAAGGAAGUGCCGUGCUGUCGCAAAUCAAGGCGAGCAUGGAGACGAGGCAUUCUCCAGUCUCACACAAGAAGGUGUCCAAGGUCCAACUACUCCAUGCGAACCAUCGCCUCGUGCCCCCUGCGCAUCUGGCGAAAGACGAUCUGCAUGCGCACCAGAGCACUUGGCGUCCGUCCAAGAAGGAGGGCAAGAGAAUGGACAAGCACUCCGAAGCCAGACGCGUGCCCGGUGCGAAGGUUGAGAAAUCCCACAACAAGGAACAGAAAUACGAUUUUCACUUCAAGGGAUUUGGGGUCAAGCUUAGUGCAGACGUGAGAGCCUGGCAACCUCGAGCAGGUGCUUGGUACUCCUACACGCCUCGAGAAAACUUGCAAAACUCAGCUGCUUCUAAUCCUAAUGGUUUCGUCACGAUGACUACGCUGGCAGUUUGUAUCACUCUUGCGUUCUGCUCAAUGUGA